CCAAAAUAUGGGUGACCUGGAGACCACUUCAUCAUCGGAUGGCUCCAGUGCUCAAAUACUCCGGCAUGGUUCAAAUGAUACACAGGAAGAGAGGGUUACCUUUUCGACUACUCUAGAUGACGAAGACGCAAUAUCCGACCAAGUACAGUACCACUCGAUGAACCCAAGCCUGGUUGAGGAGUGUGACCUGUGUGUUCUGGACAAUGGACGCAUUUUUUAUAUUCACCAUACAACUCGAAGUUCACACUGGGAGCCACCAUGGGCGUCAUGGAGAUGUCGAUUGGGACUCCCGUAUGGAUGGGAACAGGCUAAGGAUAAUGACGGGAAUACUUAUUAUAUUGAUCACCUAAACCGCACGACAACCUACACAGACCCGCGGAAAACGCGACCGCCCGACGGAAAACGCACGGUCUCAAUUCGACGCGGCAAGGAUAUUGGGUUCGGGUUUGUGGCCGCCGGACAGUUGCCCACUAUUAUACAAUUUGUGUCACCGGAAGGGCCAUCAGACGGUUUACUAUAUGCAAAUGAUCAAAUAUUGGAAGUUAAUGGAUUAGAUAUGCAAAAUGAGACGAAAGACAAUGUGGUGAACGCGGUGCGGGCUGCAAAAGAGGAACUACAGAUUACUGUACAACAGUUACCACAACGGCCGAAAAGUUCACGGAAAAACUGCAAAGUUCGGUUUACGGAUCGGGUUCUGGUGUCUUCGACAAAUGAUAAUAACUCGGAAUUCCCACCACUUCUACCAAAUGUCUUGCGAGUUUACCUGGAAAAUGGACAGACAAGAAGCUUCAAGUAUGACCAGAGCACUACGGUUAAGCAGAUUUUGGAGAGUAUUCUUGAAAAACUGCAAAUUUCGGCGAAAUCCCACUUUUCACUGGCCGUCGAGUACUCGCUGGGCGCAAGGACGAGUAGGAUAAGCCUGCUGAGGCCAGAUUGUAAAAUUAAAUCGAUAGUUGACCUGCCAAACUCAGAGCAUCUCCGAUGCGUCUUCCGGCUCUCCUUCGCCCCCUCCGACGCAUUUGUCCUUCUGCUCUCCGACCCGAAAGCUUUAGAAUACUACUAUCAGCAAUGUGUAAAUGAUGUGGUCCGUGGCCGUUUUGCUAUGGAAAUGAGAUAUGAGGCCUGCAUCAGGCUGGCGGCGUUGCACGUCCAACAGGUCGCCUACGACUGCAAUAUUUUGAAGGAGAACAACAAAGUUUCGGUGCAUCGUGUUGAAAAAGAAUACGGGCUUGGAACAUUCCUACCGGCGAUUGUGCUGGAAAAUGUGAAGCGACGAGAUGUUCGAAAACACAUUCGGUUUUAUCUGAAAAGGGAUAGCUCAAGAUUAGUGGAUUGUUUCGGGAAGCCUACGAUUGGCAAUGGGUACCCACCGGAAUUGGAAGCUUGCGCUGCCCAAUUCGCUAACGAGCCAUCCAUGAUGGUACGUCUCCGGUACAUCCACAUAGUAUCCCAUCUCCCGUCAUUCGGUGGCCGAUCCUUCUGCGUAACAUUCAAAGAAUCCCAAAUCGAUAUGCUCAUGCAAGUUGAGCCCCGUACUGGGCUUCUGGUUAGGCAUCCGGGCAAGUCAGGUCAACCUUCAAUAUCGAUCGGUUUUGAUUUAAUUGGGAAAUUGGUGGUUUGCAAGGAAACCGAGGUGGCAUCAAUGAUUAGUAUUCGGUUGGCAAGUAACCCUCACCAGGGUCUGGAAUUUUUGGUGGAUAAGGAUGAUUUGGACGACUUGGUUAUGUAUAUAGUGGGUUAUCAUAAGGUAACCUACGAAAAAGAUCUGCUCCUAGAAAUCGACGACUCUCCUCCAAAACUUCGAGAACUCCCCGACAAAGCCCCUCCGUACUCGGCAAUACAUACCGUAGUAAAAUCGGACUGGAAUUACAGUGAAACUUCAUCUCAAACUGAAAAACCAUUUGAUCCAACUGAUGGGCCUCCAAGCUAUGAAAUUGCCAACUCAUUUGUGCAGAUUGCUUUUGAAAAUGAGCAAAAUGAGGAUCACUUCGAUACGGAGAUUUCCCGACAAAAUGGAGAAAGCUUCACACCAAAACGGGCACAUUUUGAGCCGAAAAAGUUGCUCCGAGCCACUGACUCGUUGCUCAUCAAGAAUUCACGGGAUCUUCAUGCAAAAGAGCUCGAAAUUCAAAAUGGUGGCUCACAGAAUGAUGAGAGCUCUGAUACGGAGGAUUCGUCGUUUUCUUCGCCGUUAAGAUCCCCAAAUAUCGAUCGAUUAUGUGACGGAAUAAAUCUACUCGUUACCGGACCUCCGGCUCGCCGAGCAUCCAUUGAGACCCUCCUACAGAACAAUCAAAAUCCCAAUACAAACCUGGAAAGCCUGAUUCUACAAUUUCCGACAAUUCCCGAUGAGAAUGAGGUGGAAAAUGAUGACGUAGCGCUGCCAGAAGGCAUGCAAACCUCCACGACUACGGUAGUUGCAAAUGGAAAGACUCGGUGCUAUAGGAAUGGAUCGUGCGCAAAAAGUUAUCAGGGAGAAAACUUAAUUUCAACUCCGGUAUCCGGUGACUCAAUGCUGGGUGAUAGUUGUUCGAUAGCAGCAAUCGAUGAUGAUAUACCACUUUUAUAAAUUAUUGAUUUUUUUUUCAAUUUUUUUUCCAUUUUCUCCGAAUUUUCUCCGAAAUUCCACAAUUUCCCAGAAACAUUCCUAUCGCAUUGUGAUACGAAUUUCCCGUCCCCUUCUCCCAUUCCAUCCUUCCCUCCAAUAAAUCAGCUUU